AUGAGUCUUCGAAACGCUGGAGAAGCACUAAAGUCCGGACAGCCCCUCGCAAAAAGGCUACGCAACUCAAACGAGGAACGGAUAGGCCAUUUGGUGCGACCUGAAGAGGAAAAGAUGCACGUAAUCGCUGUGUCGCAGUCCAUCCUCGGCGUCCUUAGAGGAGAAGAGUCAUGGACCAGACCCUGGAUGCCUCUGAGACUGAAUAUCCGUCUUCUUCUUGAACCCUCCUAG